GUGCUGGAAGGUCCGGAGGCACCACCGGUGGUGGAGUUUGUGUGAUGCCUUAGGGGUUUAUUUCUUAAACUCUUAGGGUUUUUGUUUUUGUUUGUUUGUUUUUAAUCUUCAGAAAGGCAAGAAUAAUUGAUCUGUUGGGAGUCUGAGGCUCUGUUACUCCCGGAGAGGCUCCUUUUCCCUUUCCUGCAUCUUUUUCUUUACGUAGACUUUACUCUUUUGCGGCUGAGACUCGCGCCCCCCCACCCCCACCCCACCCCCCGACGUCUUGCCGUUUUAUUUGGUUUUAGUUGCGUUCUCCGGGAGAAUGCCAGCCUCCGGGUGAUCUUUUUUUCUCUAGCAGAUCCGCACCAGCCUCCCAUCUCGGCUCCCUGGAGGAGACCCGCUCAUCACUGCCGCAGGCUGAGGAAUGGAGCAGGACAGCCCUCGGGAAUCCCCAUCGCAGGAAGGAUCUUCCUUGCCGGGAGAGCGGCCUUCCUCCGCCCUCGGACAGUCUUUCUCCCAGGUUUUGCAUCGUCUUACCAGCCAGGAGUCCCGACGGGGCAAGGCCAGAAGUGCCGCAGUUCAGGACCUCGGUGCGCUAAUAGAAGCCACAGAAUGUGAUCAGUUAUUUGAGGGUAGUGGCACAUCGCCCCGCGGAAUGCCAGAGAUGCUGGGGCAGGUGGCAAAAGCCCUAGAGGAGUAUGCAGCCCCACCCAAGGAGCAGCAAGGUAGAGGUCAUGGCCACUCUGAAGUGGCCGAGAAAGCGGCAGCCGUUGGGGUACUGUUUCUUAAACUGUUGGGGAAAAUUGAGGCGGCCCAGAAUUCCUUGCUUUGUCCUGCAUGGAAGAUAGGCGUGCGUCACUUGGCAGGACCCAUCUAUAUUUUCGCGGUCGCACACAGCUUGGAGCAACCAUGGACCAGCCCGAGAUCCCAUGACGUUGCUGGAGAGGUGCUCUCCUUACUCCUCCGAGUUACUCGGUGUGGUUCUGUGGCAGGAUUUCUGCACGGAGAAAAUGAAGAUGAGAAAGGGAGAUUUACUGUAAUAAUGGAGCUGCUCAAACCUGAUCUGAAUAAGGAAUCCUGGAAGAAAAACCCUGCCACCAAACAUGUUUUCUCAUGGACUCUGCAACAGGUCACCCGACCCUGGCUGAAUGAACAUCUGGAGAGGGUACUCCCCCCAUCACUGCUCAUCUCGGAUGACUAUCAAACUGAGAACAAAACACUUGGUGUGCACUGCCUCCAUCACAUUGUGCUGAAUGUGCCGGCUGCUGAUUUGCUCCAGUAUAACAGAGCCCAGGUCCUCUACCAUGCCCUUUUCAACCACCUGUACACACCAGAGUACAACCUCAUUCAGGCUGUGCUCCUGUGUCUGCUGGAUUUAUUCCCUGUCCUUGAGAAAGGCCUGCACUGGAAGGGAGGUGCUGCUCGACCCACCACGCACUGUGAUGAGGUACUGCAGUUGAUCCUGACCCACAUGGAGCCGGAGCACCGCCUUCUCUUACGCAGGACCUACGCGAGAAACCUCCCAGCAUUUGUGAAGAGGUUGGGGAUUCUAACUGUCCGGCACUUAAAGAGGCUGGAGCGAGUCAUCAUUGGUUAUCUGGAGGUUUAUGAUGGACCAGAGGAGGAGGCUAGAUUGAAGAUUCUGGAAACUCUAAAACUUCUCAUGCAGUAUGCAUGGCCCAGAAUUUCCUGUAGACUUGUGGUCUUACUGAAGGCUCUCCUGAAACUGAUAUGCGAUGUAGCAAGGGAUCCAAACCUUACACCCGAGCCUGUUAAGAACACCUUAUUAGAGGAAGCCACAGAUUGCCUGAUUCUCCUGGACCACUGUUCUCAAGGACAGGUGAAGGGUCUCCUGGUCAAAAUUCUCCAAAGCUGUGAAGACAGCAAGGUGGUGAACUGUAUCAGAAAAGUGCAGCAGGUGUCUGAAGGCGCGUCCUGCGAUGGAACUUAAAUUUGUCUUUCCUACAGCAGGAAGGCUUCUUGGUCCAACUGUGUAAAUGGAAUUGUUUAAGAAAAAAGAAUCUGAAGAGUCACUCUCUGCCUCCUGCUGUUCCAGGGCCUUGUCGAAGGCAUGAAUGGGGAAGUUGUAGAUGUCGCCAUACUGAAGGACAGAAACACACACCAGCUUUAAUGACAUCUCAAUUUUACACUUGAAGUCCACUG